CUUCGGCGCUCCGUGCCAGCUUGGAUGGCCGAUGAGCAAACUUCCCAUGACUAACAAAUGCUGGCCUAGAUUAUGAGCUCAAACAAGAACGCUCGCUACAAUCGUUUCUCCAGUGGCACAACAAACAUCACUACUUCCGAAAACACUAACGGGACAAGAAUGGAAACAACUUUUGGGCCAGCCUACUCUGCUGUGACGACCAUCACAAAGGCUGACGGGACCAAUAGUUUUAAACAGCAUCGUCGGACCCCAUCCUCCUCCAGCACGCUCACUUACUCCCCACGAGAUGAGGACGAUGGCAUGCCUCCGAUCAGCACCCCACGCCGCUCUGACUCUGCUAUCUCUGUCCGUUCAUUGCACUCUGAGUCCAACAUGUCCUUGCGCUCGACGUUCUCACUCCAUGAGGAAGAGGAGGAGCCAGAGCCACUGGUGUUUGCUGAACAACCGUCUGUGAAGCUGUGCUGCCAACUGUGCUGUAGUGUGUUUAAGGAUCCAGUCAUCACAACCUGUGGGCACACAUUUUGCAGAAGAUGUGCCUUAACAUCUGGUGAGUACAGAACUGUUCUUGUGUGA